CAGUGCUCGGUGAAAAGAAUGCAUUAAAAGGUAGGGGAAAAGAACGCGCCGUUUUGCUUCCCAUCGUACGCAACCUCCCCUCUCCCUCGCUCUUUCCACCGGGCGGCGGCCGCACCACCCCACCGCGCGCGCAGAGCUCCGGGCGGCCGCCGGUUCCGAGCGUCUCCCUCUGCCUCAAGCUCCGGAACCCUAGAGUCUCUCCCCCACUCGGCCCGCCUCUCCGGUGAGAUGCCGCUAACCCACAUCGCCUUCCCCGACGCAGCUAAUGGAAAGGAGGGACAACUUCCUCCGCCCCCGGCCCCCGACGACGCCGCGACCGCCGGCAGAAGCACCACGUUCCCCGCCGUCGGGGACACGGGCCACCUCACCUCCUCCUCCAUCGCGGGCGACCUUCUCGGCUUCCUGGGCCAGAUCCAUGCGGCCUGCAAGCCCCACGAGCCUCUCGGUGACUGUAAAUUUGUUAACGCUUAAUGCUACCGCGGUUGGGGUCCAUCAUCCAGUACUCCGUUUGCAGGAGGUGGACCUGAAAGAUUCUUAGUCAGGGGAGGAAGUACCAAUGAUGUCAGGCCUAUAGAAUGGACACCAGGAACCAUUUGUUAUUAGUUGAUGGGUUCUGUUGUUUCUAUUUGUUAGCAGAAAUUCAGUGAUUCGUAGUUGUUUACAUGGUACAACCUUUCUACACCAAAUGCACCUCACCCAUCAUAUGAUGACAACAAACCUUCUUCCUUUCUUCAGGUAAAAGUACUGUUUGCAAACUGAUCAUCAAACAGCUAUGCGAUCAGUGUAUAGUUGUUACUCAGGUUUUUUGUAUUACAGCUCUAGUUAUGCUUCUUAUGAUAUUUGGACCAUCCAUUCUUUCUUGACAAAGUCACUAAUAGUUUAUUUCUCCUGUUUUAUAUGUGUGUAGUGUCAUUAACUAUGCAUUCAAUUUUUUUAUCAACAUCCCUUGCUAUAAUUUUAUUGUAAUCGUAUGAUGCGUACAAUCUCUCAAGCAAUAAGAAUUUUGAUCUGAAAUAUCACAAGAAAUAGUUUAAGGGUGCAUUCCCAUCUUGGUAUUUGUUGUUGACAUCAACAUUUUUUCCAUGUUAAUUGUUUAGUUUAACUUGUUGUUACAGAUUGCAUUUUUUAUAUUUCUAUGUAUAUUCCUUUUAACUAACAUAUCAUUCUAUUGUUAUAUCAGUAGCUAUAACCGUUUAAUACUCUUUUGGGACAAUGAAUCAUAUUCACAUAUUUAGUUGUCAUGAACGCAUGAUCCAUUAGAGGAAUUACCUUUCAAGCAAUCUGUUUAUUGUGCAUUUUUGGUGAGGUUUACAACGAGUCAUGGGAGUAGCGCAUGAGAGGCGAAGGCGACAACGGCAACGAUUUCAAUCGGUGGUACGCCUCCCUGUUGGAGGCGAUGGCGUGAUCCGGCCGUGCCACCUGACACCUGCUUCCUGACCGUGCUACUACACCAACACUUACCCGUUUGUAUCACCUUUUGCUUGGCACUGGACUUUCGCUGUCAGGCCAAGAAGGAGGGCGACACAGACGACAUCUUUGCAGGAAUGAGUUUCCACAAAGGAAUCGGAGUGGGAGGAGCAGAUAAGGGUCGUUGGAAGCAAGGAUGGAUGAGGUGGCGGGGCUCAGCCUCAGUCGUCUAGCAGUCACUUGGUAUACUUAUGUCUCCUCUGUCUGUUUCUAGGAAUCUUAUAUUCUUCCAUAAUCGUUUACAAAUAUGUGAGAACAAGUCAUGGGAGCUUAAUUCUGUUAAGCACCAAUAUAUCACGCUCAUCGAAUCAGCCUAUCAUCA